CUUGAUCACUACCGUGCGACACAUGUAAACAUAUGUGUGUGUGUGUCGUUUCAUAAGAAUCUCUUUAAUGUAAACUCGGUAUAUAAAAAGGUGAUUUAACAUAAAAAGAAAAAUAAAUAGAAAAGACUGUUUUUCUCUCUUCUCUCUCUGAUGACAAACAAUGGCAUCUUCAACAACAUCGUCGGGAAAUCAAACGUCCUCGUGGGAACCGCAUCGAAUUACUCACUUGAAGCCCUCGUUAGAUAGCCACGAGAUAGCUCUUGCCAAUUGCGACGUAUGGCACAAAUUCAUCGUCUUCGACGGUGCUCUGUAUCGGGGAAACGAGGUUCUACGUGCCGUCGUAAGCGCCUGCGAGCCGGCGAUUAUCGUGCCGGUCAUGUACAACGUCGAGGGUAAGAACAAAAGCACGUUUCUGGCGAAGUGCAAGAAGGAUGUCAUAGAAAAUUUAGUUAAGCAGGGAUUGUGCGUAACGUUGCAAGGUCAAGAGUUGUACAUAGACAUUGUAUUGGGAUUUCUCAGCACUCAGGAGCUGCAAAUGAAUAUAAACAAAGUUAUAGCCCAAGCCUUGUUCACCAGAUACGAACCGGUAAAGAAGAUAUUCAAUCUGGACGAUUUUGAAAAUGAAAAAGCGUUGGGUUCGAUAUUCUGUCCCAUUCAUAUACCGAGAAUCUUCGAGAUGGUUUUGCAUUGCAGCAGAAUGGGAAUUUUAGGUGUUAAAUGCGAGUCCCAGCAGUUGCGUUUGCCUGUUCGCGAAUUGAGUCUGAAGUACAAUAAACUCACGGCCAUUAUAUUGUUCGAAAAGUUCUUCAGUUAUCAUUUGACCAAACUUGAUCUGAGACACAAUCAGAUUUUGGAUGUGGAAUAUCUUUGUUAUUUUUGCGAAUUUAAGAUAAACGAACUCUGGUUGGAUGGAAAUCCUUUGUGCACCAAGUACGCAACUUCCCAGGAGUACAUACAAGCUGUGAAAAAUGUCUUUCCGUACUUGCAGAAAUUAGACGGGAUUGUUAUAGGAAUGGAGAAGAAAUUUGUGCCAAGCAUAUACAGCAAUUAUCUUGGCAAUGGCUCGAGAAUUUCUCUGAUCAAACAAUUUGUUAAGCAUUUUUUUACGUUAUACGAUCAGGAAGACAGAAUAGUCAUGAACGGUCUUUACGAUAGAAAUGCGCUCUAUUCCAUGACAUUAGGCACAACCGCAACAAAUGUACAUAAAGACAUAGUCAAAUCAUUCAUUAUAAAUAGAAAUCUAUUGAAAUUUGUCGAUUACGCCAAGUGUCACGAAUCAUUAUUUUGGGGACCUGAAAAGAUAAUCAACGCUCUUCAACAUCAGCCACAAACAAUACACAACUACAAGACAUUUCACAUUGACUUGUUGCACGAAGACGAUAAUUGCAUAGUCAUUUCUGUACAAGGAAUAUUUUUGUAUCGAUUGUCAUUCUGUCUGCCAAUGUUCUUCAACAGAACUUUCAUUAUCACACGAAAAGAAGACAACGAAUACUGCAUCAUCAAUGAUCAAUAUCAUAUCGAUAGUAUACCGUCCAAUAUGAUUAACGAUGUAAAACUUGAACCGAAAUCCAUACCGAAGUUCGCACCAACGGUACUCAGUGUGUCGGAAAAGGAACAGUUGCUUAGAUUUUUACGUGAACUGACUACAAUGAACAUCCGAUACUGUUACAAGUAUCUCGACGGGGCAGAGUGGGACAUAAGACAAGCAAUCACUACAUUUAUGAAAAACUAUUCGGUAAAUGACGUUCCUUCCGAAGCUUUUCAAUAAAAUUUAUGUAAUUACACAACUUUGUAUACUAAUUUUAUAUCAAUAAUAUAUAUAC